AUGAGAGAGAAGAGCAAGGUGUGGGAGAGGUUGGGCAAGGUGUGGGAGAGGUUGAGCAAGGUGUGGGAGAGGUUGAGCAAGGCGUGGGAGAGGUUGAGCAAGGCGUGGGAGAGGUUGAGCAAGGCGUGGGAGAGGUUGAGCAAGGUGUGGGAGAGGUUGAGCAAGGUGUGGGAGAGGUUGAGCAAGGUGUGGGAGAUGUUGAGCAAGGUGUGGGAGAUGUUGAGCAAGGUGUGGGAGAUGUUGAGCAAGGUGUGGGAGAUGUUGAGCAAGGUGUGGGAGAGGUUGAGCAAGGUGUGGGAGAGGUUGAGCAAGGUGUGGGAGAGGUUGAGCAAGGUGUGGGAGAGGUUGAGCAAGGUGUGGGAGAGGUUGAGCAAGGUGUGGGAGAGGUUGAGCAAGGUGUGGGAGAGGUUGAGCAAGGUGUGGGAGAGGUUGAGCAAGGAGUGGGAGAUGUUGAGCAAGGCGUGGGAGAGGUUGAGCAAGGAGUGGGAGAGGUUGAGCAAGGAGUGGGAGAGAGAGCAAGGUGUGGGAGAGGAGAGCAAGGUGUGGGAGAGGAGAGCAAAGUGUGGGAGAGGAGAGCUUGGUGUGGGAGAGGAGAGCUUGGUGUGGGAGAGGUUGAGCAAGGUGUGGGAGAGGUUGAGCAAGGUGUGGGAGAAGAGAGCAAGGUGUGGGAGAAGAGAGCAAGGUGUGGGAGAGGAGAGCAAAGUGUGGGAGAGGAGAGCUUGGUGUGGGAGAGGAGAGCUUGUGUGGGAGAGGUUGAGCAAGGUGUGGGAGAGGUUGAGCAAGGUGUGGGAGAGGUUGAGCAAGGUGUGGGAGAGGAGAGCAAGGUGUGGGAGAGGAGAGCAAGGUGUGGGAGAGGAGAGCAAGGUGUGGGAGAGGAGAGCAAGGUGUGGGAGAGGAGAGCAAGAUGGGAGAGGAGAGCAAGGUGUGGGAGAGGAGAGCAAGGUGUGGGAGAGGAGAGCAUGGUGUGGGAGAGGAGAGCAUGGUGUGGGAGAGGAGAGCAUGGUGUGGGAGAGGAGAGCAAGGUGUGGGAGAGGAGAGCAUGGUGUGGGAGAGGAGAGCAUGGUGUGGGAGAGGAGAGCAUGGUGUGGGAGAGGAGAGCAUGGUGUGGGAGAGGAGAGUACGUCUAACUACCUUGCCCUGGUAACGAGCCCCUACGCCAAGCUGAGCAAGUGCUGGUGUCUGAAAAAAAACUCAUGCAUGUACGAACAUGUUAUCAAUAGCACCACGGGUGUUGAUUACACAGGAUUUGAAGAAAAUGUCCUGCGUGCCACAGACAAGGGCACAGAGAGCACAGACAUCUCAGAUGACGUGUGGUUUGCUCCAUUCCUUACCUGGGCAUCAGGACAUUCCAAAGUGCUUGCAACCGGAAGGUGA